AGCGGAAGCCAUCUUGGAUUUGUUAAUAAUAUCAGUUCCCGCCUGGGGACACAUUUUAAACAAAUACAUGCGUAUUUAACAAUUGCAUACAUGUCAUAUUUUAAAAUAUGAGUAUAUAUAUCCCAACGUAAACUGUACAAGGAACGUUUUUAUUUUUGUAUUGUAUUAUUGUCUUGGACGAAUGACUUGAUUGGGACUGCGUUGUCGUAAUGUUUGUGAUUCCGUGUUUGAAGUAAAACUGACAUACCAGUGUUUAUGUUGUAACAAUUGCAGACGACAGGUCUAAAUUCGUCACCAUGUUUUGGAAAUUUAAUUUGAUGACGUCUUCCCAUAUAGACACACUGCUUGAAAAAGAGGAUGUUACGUUAUCAGAACUUAUGGAUGAAGAUGAUAUUCUGCAGGAAUGUAAAGCUCAAAAUAGGAAGCUUAUUGACUUUGUUGUCCGUCCAGAACAUAUGGAGGAAAUGGUGCGACUAAUAACACAGGAGCCUCCAGAUGAUGUUGAUGAAAAGUUACGUUUUAAGUACCCCAACACAGCCUGUGAACUACUCACCUCUGAUGUGUCACAGAUCAACGAUAAGUUGGCGAGCAGUGAAGAACUUGUGGAAAAGUUGUAUAGUUUUUUAGAAUCUGAAAAACCCUUGAAUCCACUGCUUGCAAGUUUUUUCAGCAAAGUGAUGGGACUUUUAAUAACAAGGAAAAGUGAAAUGAUUUUUGAGUAUUUAAAAAGUCAGAAAGAUUUUGUUGGAAGUUUAUUAAGUCACAUAGGUACAUCUGCAAUAAUGGACCUGCUUCUUAGGCUGAUCACAUGUAUAGAGUCUCCGGAAGUACGCAGAGCUGUGAUAGAGUGGUUGAAUGAACAACGUGUUGUGGAGCGACUUGUAGCUAGUAUAGUCCCAUCAACAGACGAUGAUAUACACUGUAAUGCAGCCCAGUCUUUGUGUGACAUUGUGCGCCUUGGCCGGGAGCAGAUAAUACAACAGCAAGAUAGCUCAGAUCCAGACCCUCUGUUAGUUACCAUGGAAUUAGAGGAAACUGUGUCAAAACUGCUUAGCAAUCUUCUAAAUACAGAAAAGAAUGAGUCAGUUUUAGUAAAUGGACUCUUUGUUAUACACACUCUUCUUGAGGUUCGAAAACAAGGGCCUGAAGUGGCAAACGACCACAUGACUGCUCAGGAUGCCGAGCGGCUCACUCAGGGGGUGAACAGUGUCUUGGCUGCAAUAACUCCACGCUUAAAAGACUUCCAUAACUUAUUAUUAGAUCCACCAAAGCAACAUUUUAGCACAAUGCCAACAACGUUUGGCACGCUGGAUCCGCCACUGGGCAACACUCGACUUCAGAUAGCUCGGCUCAUCACGGCUCUGCUGUCUACAAACACCCACUCCGUCAAUGUGGAGCUAGCUCAUCUGGGAACCGUCAGCAUUCUGCUGGAUCUCUAUUUUAAAUACAUAUGGAAUAAUUUUUUGCAUACCCAAGUGGAACAGUGUAUUGUGACAAUACUCAACAACCAUCCGGUGGAGGAAGAAGGCAAGAAAGAAAAUCCACUUUUAUCUCAGCUUUUCUCAGAAACUAAAGUUAUUCAAAGGGUGUUGGAAGAAUGGGACGAGAAUGAUCAGCUGCAAUCUAAAGAAGGAGGAAGACGCAAGGGCUUUAUGGGCCACCUAACCAAAGUGGCCAAUUCAAUAAAGGCCAGUCUGGACAAGGGGGAGAAUGCAGAGUUUAUAAAACAGUGCUUUGAUGAAGUAGCCGAUGAAUACAAAGAAAAAUGGGAAGCCUUUUUAUCAUCAUCACUUACUGAUAUCAACCAAAAAAAUACAAUAGAAUCGAUGAAAGGUCACCCAUUGGUUUCUAGCAGUGAGGAUGAUGAUGCCGAUUUUAAAGACAUUCCCUUCCCUCAGGACACAGCAAUGCAACAGGCCUUCUCUGAUUACCAGCUGCAACAGAUGACAAGCAACUUCAUCGACCAGUUCGGCUUUAACGAAGACGAGUUCGCAGAGCAGGAAGACAAGAUCGAUGCACCAUUCACUGAAAGAAUAUCAAGCAUAGAUUUCAACAUUCCGGCAAAUGAAGAAACUCAUUCUAAUUCGUCGAUGUUUGAACAGGCCUGCAAUGAAAAGAUCCAUCAAUUUGACGACAAUGAUAGCGAUGAAGAUAUCUGGGAGGAGAAACCAAUUACAUUUGACAAGAGUCCUCAGCACAAUCGUCCCAGUCGAUUGACUGCGGAGACAGUGCGAGCCAAUAGUAGUGAUGAAGACAGCACGGACAGUGAGGAGGAGCUCAACUCACCGCGUGUGAUAAAACAGCAGCCAUCAGCCGAGAAGAUGGAUAUCGAUGCUAAUGAAGGCAACUGGACAGCUCAGUUUGAUGAGGUUCCUAUGGAAGCGUCAUCAGAAACGAUGGAGACUGUGAUUCCGUGGGAAGCUGAUCAAGGUGCAGCACUGGAAACACCAGAGACAACCGAGGAAAACUGGGCAGACUUCAGCAAGUUUACGUCUGUGGCAACGGUCGACUUCGAAAAGACGAAACAAGGUCCACGAAGUAGUUCUCCUGUUGCUAUGGAUACAACAGAAAAUACAAGAAGUAGUGCUUAUGUUGUGAAGAAUGCUUCUGCUGAUGCUGAUCCAGAUGUGAAGUCAUCACCACCUGCUGCUGCUGCUGUAGAUGAGGUAAAACCAACACCGCCGCAAGCCGACGUUGUUGCGGAGAAACAAGACGACGCGCCGUCACUGACACAAGAAGAUUUGUCUCAGGAAUCUGCACCACCGUUGCCAUCAUCGAGUCCACCAAGGGAGAACUGUUCACUAUUACACGAUAGAGAAGUCAUUGAAGCUUCCGGUGAUUCAGUAGCUGCCGAAGCUAGUAUAGAGAAUAAUGCUAAACCCAAGCAAGAAAAAGAUGGGGAUAGCUUUCUAGCGUCUUCCGGGUUAAUAAAGAUUACCCAGCCUGCAGAAGCAAUUGUCCUGAAGAAUGGACCAGCUGAAGGAGAUACUUCACUUGAUAUUAAUCCUAAAGUUCAGGAAGCAAGUUCACAAGCAAAAGAAACCUUAGCCAGUUAUGAGAAACCAGUGACAGACAGUCCUGUGCCGAACGGUCCCGUGUGAACACAGCACUUGCAUAGACGUAACAUAGACUAUGGCAGCUGCUGGAAUAUAUAUGGCCUUAUCAGAAGAUGAAAGCUAACAAAGCUGCACCGUGACUUGACUGUUUAAAGUCAAGUCUGACGGUUACGUGUUUACGUCUCCCAUGGAAUUCAGGGAUUGUGCCCCACACGGUGCAAGUGUUUUGGCACACGUCAUCUACUCUUAGGUCAUAUAUAGUGUAAUAAAUGUGAUAUGUGGUGGCCACUUGGCCACAGACUGAA